AAAAGAGAGGCACAAAUCAAUUCCUAUUAUAUCAGCUUUCUUUAUUCCUUUCCUUUCAUUGUUUAUACAUUAACCUCAUUCCUUUAACUUACACAUAUGUUGACUUAUUUCAUUCCUUUCCUUACUUUAUGUGUUUGCAUGACUAUUGCUGCACCUGUCAACUCCACAAGCACAAGCGAUCAGCCUACGAUCAUUGUCAAAAAUCAAUGUAAUUCUACCUUGAAAGUCGGUUACUCAAAGGAUGUCGAUUACUUUGGCAAAGUAGUCAAUGUCGCUGCUGGCAGCACAUACACUAUUCACCCCCCUGUAGGAUGGAGUGGCCGUGUUUGGGGAAGAGAGAGCUGUUCUGGUGACAGAUGCUUCGACUCUGGUAUGGGAUCUCCUGCUUCUCUUGCUGAAUUCCACUUUUUGGACUCUGGAAAUACCUUUUAUGACAUCUCCUUUGUCGAUGGAUAUAAUUUGCCUAUGGUUGUUGAUCCUGCCUCCAAGAGCAAAUCUGGGGAUACUGAUGGUCGUAUGUGCUCCAAACCAAGCUGUAAGAAGCUUCCUGAGUGCCCUGCUGGCUGGGAAACCUAUGACGAUGAUGGUAAUGUCUCUGGCUGUAAGAGUGCUUGUACCAAGUUUAACACUGAUGAAUACUGCUGCACUGGUGCUUACAAUGGUCAAGAUCUCUGUUUCGGUAACCAAUACACCAAGCAAGUCAAGGAUGUAUGCCCUGAUGUUUACAGUUAUGCUUAUGACGACGCAACCAGUGUCUUUAUGUGUGGUACAAGAACCUUCACGGUUACUAUCUGCUAAAUGCUAUAUGUGUUCUAUGCACUUUUUUAAAGAAUAAAUUUUAUCAGGCAGCUAAGCUAGCUUGUUCUCGAUACUAUAUGUACACUUUUGAGCAUUGUUUUUAUUUUCAUCAUUGGCCAUAUUUAGCCCUAACGAUAAAAGUUUUAUG